CUACCCGUUCGACUCCACCAGGAAGGGAGUUCAGUAGACCUUCAGCUCUCGAACGAUUAACAACUAAAAAAAAUUUAUCCGAAAAAAAUUCCUCAAAAAUUUUAAACAGUUUUAUUUUUUUGCGAUAUUUUCUAAAAAGAAACAAAAAUAAUGACUAAUAUUGUGUGUGUUUGCAUCGCCAGUGCCCUCCUUUGGAUCAACUAUCUGACGGAAUCGAACGACGAGGACAUCGAGACCCCGGGACCGAAACUACCCUCCGUGAUGGUUACCCUGGCCCUGAUGGACCUCAUCUAUGACAACAGUUUCGUGCCGGAGAAGCUGGAGGGUGUGCCCCGUUUUCUCAAGUGGGUCUAUGAGGUCAUAGUCUCGGUGUUCGUAUUGGACGUUGGCCUGCACUUCUGGAAGGCCACGGAAUACACACUGUACCUGCUACUGAAGAUAAUAGUGCUCUGGAUGGGUUACGUCUCGCACCUGACCUAUAUCGAGUAUGAAUACUAUUGCCAAGCAGCUAUGACCUUGCCGCUGGCCUUUUUGGUCCUGACGUUUGCCGGCCACGCCACCAAUCACUUCCAUUUGGUGCGCGGCAAGUACCUCGGCAUCAAGCCGAAACCCGUUAUCCAGGCGGAUGGGACUCCCAAGCUGGAGGAUGAGGAGCGUAAGGAGCUUCCCAGCGUCGAGCCGAUGAUCCAACAGCCGCAGGAGGAGGGACGCAAAGUGCGCCAGCCACGACGAAAGCGCACCACACCCCAAAUUGCUUAAAACUAAAUUGUUUUUGUAGUCAGAUUAGCUAUUCUUUGUAUGGGAUUUUGUACGAGAAGAUCUUGCAAAUUGUCACAAAGAAUAAUUAGGAGCAGGGCAGUGCCGGCGGACAUUUCUGGCGACCGUGACACUGCCAUCGAUUAUAAUCGAUAAAUAAAGGAUAGAGAUUUAUAAUUUAA